UAAAACCAUCCCUUGAAGGCCCAGUGUUCUUCGAGAAGCGAGGGGGGUAUACGUGCCCUCUCCUUCCUGCCACACGAGAACAUUUAGUGAUAUGCUGUUUGUGGUAGCUGUGGCUGUGGUGGCGGUGGUGGUGAGCUGUGGUGAAGUGGACUGGGGGGCAGAGGAGGAGGCGGUGAAAUUACUUAACGAUUACCACAAGGAGGCAGCUCAGGUCCUUCACAAUUACAUCAAGGUCAGCUGGGAUUACAACACGAAUAUUACCGAUUACAACAAUGAGAGGCAGAAAGAAGCCUCCAGCAGAACCAGGCGGUUUAAUGACAAGUGGAGUAAAAGGUCACGUGAUUUUGUUGACCUCGAACUGACCAGUGACACGAGAAGGAUGAUGAGAAAGGCUUUUCAAAUGGAACUUAAUGAAGAAGACGGGAAGAAUUUAUCGCAAAUAUUAUCUAACAUGUCUACAAUAUAUUCUACUGCCCAAGUGUGUCUCCAGGGACAGCAAUGCAUGGAACUGGAUCCGGAGUUGACAAAUAUUAUGGCUAACUCACAUAAUUACUCGCAGCUGGUGGAGGUCUGGGAAGGCUGGAGAAAAAAUGUAUCUAGAAAGAUCAAGCCGUACUACCUUCAGUAUUUGGAGUUGAUGAACGAGAAGGCAAAACUAAACGACUUCAGUGAUGCUGGACAGAUGUGGCGAAACGAGUACGAGACGGAGGGCUUUCAGGAGGCCAUGGAGGAACUGUACCGGGAAAUUAGGCCUAUUUACAAAUUGGUGCAUGCCUAUGUAAGGAAGAGACUGCGAGAACAUUACCAGAUUGACCCACGCGGCGCCCUUCCUGUCUGUGUGCUGGGUGACAUCUGGGGCAGAUUCUGGAGGAACAUCUCCCCCCUGGUGACCCCCUACCCUGACCUGCCCCUGGACGUGACCCCCCACCUCCAGCGCCUCAAUCACACCCCACACUCCAUGUUCAAGAUGGCGGACGAGUUUUUCACGUCAAUGGGACUCAAGCCUCUCCCAAACACGUUCUGGACUCGUUCCAUGCUGGUCAAGCCGGAAGGUCGAAAGGUUGUGUGUCAUCCAACAGCAUGGGACUUCUAUGACGGAAAGGACUUCAGGAUCAAGAUGUGUACACAGGUAACGAUGGAUGACCUACAAGUGGCCCAUCAUGAACUGGGUCACGUGCAAUAUUUUAUGCAGUAUGCACACCUGCCGCUUACGUACAGGGACGGAGCCAAUGGGGGGUUCCACGAGGCAAUUGGGGAGCUGGUGGGAGCGAUGAUGGAGACUCCCCAGCACCUCAACAAAGUAGGCCUCCUCCCCCACCCCCCAGCGGCCCCAGAAAUGGGCGUGAACCACCUGAUGAUGGCGGCCCUGCAGACAGUGACCACCCUUCCCUUCCACCUUGUUCAUGACCUGUGGCGGUGGAGGGUGUGGAGGGGGGAGGUGGAGGAGGACAAAUACAAUGAAGAAUUUUGGAAGCUUAUGCUGGAAUACGCAGGAGUGGAGCCGCCAGUUCCCAGGACAGACAAGGACCUAGAUCCACCUGCGCUCUUCCACGUUGCAAAUAACUAUGAUAUGAUUAGAUAUUUCACAAGAACUAUCCUUCAGUUUCAGAUCCUGGAGGGGCUGUGCAGGGCGGCAGGUCACGAGGGCCCAUUACACACCUGUGACCUGCACGGCUCAGAGGAGGCUGGCAGGGUGCUGGCGUCCGGUUUGGCGUUAGGGAGUUCAAAACCCUGGCCAGAGGUGCUGAAAAUCCUCACAGGGUCUUCUAACAUGAGUACAAGGCCAUUAAGACAGUUUUUCGCACCCCUUGAGGAAUGGCUAAGGGAUAAGGGGCUAAGGGAUACUGGGCCAAGGGAUACUGGGCCAAGGGAUAGUGGGUCACGGGAUAAUGGGCAAGAAGGAGUUGGCUGGGGAAAAGACUGGAGGAGAUUAAGCGAUCUGAUAAAAUUACGGUAA